AUGACGUACAAGAUUCCCAUCAAUGAGAGAUUUGGUGCCAAGGUUCUUUCAUUUUCAAAGUUAUAUGAAACAAUAAGCGAUAUCAAAAGUAAACUGAGCGAAGAUCAGCUGACUUUGUUUAGGGGAUCUUGUUUUGGUGCGUUCUUACAACUGAAAAACAUUAAAUGGGCUCCACAGAUUGUACACCAACUCAUUCUUAGGCAAAUACAAUCAAAAGAGCAUGAAAAAAAAGGGAAGUUGGUGUUUUUGAUUGGUGGAAAAGAAUCUAGUUUUUCAAUAAGGAAAUUUAACCUCAUAACUGGACUGAGGUGUCACUCCCUACCAGACAUCUCAUUAUAUUUGAAAGAGAUGGAGAAUUCUGGUGAACCUAGGGUGGGUAGAGAUGUUAAGCUAUUGAUUGAUGUUGAUUUGUUGAAUCUGGUCAAUUAUCUUGAUAUGUUCAACAAGUACCCAUGGGGAACUUUGUCAUACAAGAAAACAAUACAGUCUCUGACUAAUUGUCUUGUUGGAAGGUCCGACAAAUUUAAGGCUAAGCAGAAUGAUUAUGAAUGGUACAAUCUACUGGGUUUUUCUUGGGCUUUCCAACUAUGGGUAUAUGAGGUUAUUCCCAGUAUUGCAGAAAAUUUUGCAAACUGUGUUGAUCUGAAUUUGCUACAUAGAAUGUUGAAGUGGUCAUCAACUAGGGCACCAAAGUCGAAGAUUGUCAAUGAUAUACUAGAGGCGGAUGAGGUUACAGUCUUUGAAAUGGUCAACACGCACUUAGAAAGUGAGCAGGAGUACACAUCUAAUUGUUAA